CUGUUUGUUGGAUCAUCAGUCUGUUGCCACUGGAAAGCAGAACCUUAGCAGACGCAGGAAACAUCGUGAAUCAAUAAAGUUAUAAUAUCAACUUAUUGUGGAUAUCUUUGCUGGUAUCUUUGCUGGUAUCUUUGCUGGUAGGAAGGUGAAUGAUGAAGUUGAUCGUCGUAAUAUUGUCGGCCUUUGUGGUCGCCGCGACUGCUAAGAACGCCACAUUUUACACGGUAGAAGAGUCGAUUGAUGACCACUACAUAAUCGUGAUGCAGCCCGGUUACGAUACUGAUGCCAUCAAGACACUGAUCUUGGAAGACGUUUCAGGAAUCUUUGAUGGUGCUUAUGUCGAGCAUACGUAUACCACAGCCAUUCAGGGCUUCUCAGCUAAACUCUCCAAAAGAGCUGUCGAAAAGCUGCUAGCCAGAGAAGAAAUAAAGUACAUAACCCAAGAUGGCGUCGCCCGUACAUCAGCUGUUGCAUCCUGGGGCUUAGAUCGUGUUGACCAAAGACUGUUGCCUUUAAAUGGAAAAGCAGAGUUUUCAGGCGAUGGCACAGGCGUUAACGUCUAUGUUAUCGACACUGGCAUCGCUCCAGAUAGUCUUUACUUUGAAGGCCGAGCCGUGGCUGCCUUUGAUAGUGUUGGUGAUGCGGAUUACGGAAUUGACUGUCAAGGUCAUGGAACCCAUUGUGCUGGGACAGUAGGGAGUAACAUGUACGGAGUGGCCAAAGAUGUCAAGCUGUUUGGUGUAAAGGUAUUAGGCUGUGAUGGAACUGGCUCAACGAGCGGGGUCAUUGCAGGUGUUGAUUUUGUGGCGACAUCUGGCCAAAAGCCAGCGGUAGCAUCCAUGUCGCUUGGAGGCGGCCGCAACUAUGCAUUUGAUGAUGCCCUGAAGUCUCUCAUUAUCGAUGCCGGGAUCACUAUAGUGGCAUCCGCUGGUAACUCCGAUGAUGAUGCAUGCCGAUACUCACCUGCCGGGGUCGAACAGGUAAUAACUGUCGGGGCUACAGCUGUAGACGAUGAACGGGCCUAUUUCUCCAACUAUGGAGAGUGUGUGGAUAUAUUUGCCCCUGGUGUGGACAUCCCAAGUGCAUAUAUCGGAGGUAUAGAGGAGACACGAACAUUCAGUGGUACAUCAAUGUCUUGUCCCCACGUCACAGGUGCUGUUGCUAUCCUUCUGGCUGACAAUCCCAACCUGACACCGGCAGAACUCGCAGCAAAAGUCAUAGAGAUGUCCACAAAAGGCUUGGUCACUGAUCCUGGAUGCGAUUCUCCGAAUCGUCUCCUUUACGUACCACACUGUUAAAACAAGUAUUAAAAAACUGCGGGUUAAAAAAAUGUUGAUUAAAAAACACUCGACCAUGGUUAAAAA